AAGUGAAAUUAAAAUAUGAAAGCGUUAGCAAUAUCAUCGUCACUAUUAUCCUUGAAAUCUUUGAAUUUCAACCAUUACUGCUACAUUCCAAAUCGAAUCUCCAAUCCCUUUCUCUUCUUCUCUCGCCGCAAUUCCCAAUCUCCAAUCAUGGCUUCUUCUUCAUCUUCAUCACUCAUCAAUUCCGAACUCGCACGUUCACCACCCGCGAUUCCCAUGCCAACUCCACCUCUCACCAACUUCAAAAUCGGUCUCUGUCAACUCUCUGUCACUUCCGAUAAAACCAAAAACAUCGCUCACGCUCGUACUGCUAUUCAAGACGCUGCUGCUAAGGGUGCUAAACUCGUUCUUUUACCCGAAAUUUGGAAUAGUCCUUAUUCAAAUGCUAGUUUUCCUGUUUAUGCUGAGGAUAUUGAUGCUGGUGGUGAUGCUUCACCUUCUACUGCUAUGCUUUCUGAACUCUCUCGUUUAUUGAAUAUCACUAUUGUUGGUGGUUCUAUUCCUGAACGUUCUGGUGAUCGUUUGUAUAAUACUUGUUGUGUUUUUGGUACUGAUGGAAAACUCAAAGCCAAACACCGUAAGAUACAUCUUUUUGAUAUUGACAUCCCUGGGAAGAUUACCUUUAUUGAAUCAGAGACUCUUACUGCUGGGGAGACUCCAACAAUUGUUGACACAGAAGUUGGACGCAUUGGCAUAGGCAUCUGUUAUGACAUUAGGUUUCCAGAACUAGCGAUGAUAUAUGCUGCAAGAGGGGCUCACUUGCUCUGCUAUCCUGGGGCUUUUAACAUGACAACUGGACCAUUGCAUUGGGAGUUAUUGCAGAGGGCAAGGGCUACAGAUAAUCAGUUAUAUGUGGCAACCUGUUCACCUGCUCGGGAUACUGGUUCUGGUUAUGUGGCUUGGGGUCACUCCACUCUUGUUGGUCCAUUUGGAGAAGUUCUGGCUACUACAGAACAUGAGGAGGCAAUCAUUAUAGCAGAAAUUGAUUAUUCCAUAUUGGAGCAGAGAAGGACAAAUCUCCCCGUGACUAAGCAACGGCGAGGUGAUCUUUACCAAUUGGUGGAUUUGCAGAGGCUGAAUUCUCACUGAAUGGAGCGGGACUUCUACAAUUGAGACAUCGGCAUAAUUAUGUUACCUUGUAAGAAGUAUGAGCAUGCCAUCUUUUGUGGUUGUUGUAUGCUGUAUUAUUAUGUAUGAUAUGGAACCCAAACCCAGAACUGAAGAAAUAAAUAAAGGAAUUUGUGCUUUCUCUAUAAUUUGGUGUGUUAAUUGUGAUCAUGGUUACCGGCA